CUCAGCUCGGCAGGGAGGGCCGUGAGAUUUGCGCUAGCCCCCGCGCACUGCGCCUGCGCCAACGGCGGGGCGCCUCUAAGCCCCCGCUUUUUCCUCGGGGUUUUAAAAUUUUUUUCUUUUUCUUCCGCCCCCACUGCGGCUCUCCGGGCGGCGCCUGCGCAGAGGACUGAGUGCGGAGGGGCUGAGAGAUUGUGUAAAGCCACAGGGAAAAUGGUGGAAAAUUCACCGUCGCCAUUGCCAGAAAGAGCGAUUUAUGGCUUUGUUCUUUUCUUAAGCUCUCAGUUUGGCUUCAUACUCUACCUUGUAUGGGCUUUCAUUCCUGAAUCUUGGUUAAACUCCUUAGGCUUAACUUACUGGCCUCAAAAAUACUGGGCCGUCGCAUUGCCUGUCUACCUCCUUAUUGCUGUUGUGCUUGGCUACGUCCUCUUAUUUGGUAUUAAUAUGAUGAGCACCUCCCCACUCAGCUCCAUUCAUACCAUCACAGAUAACUAUGCUAAAAACCAACAGUGGAAGAGCUACCAAGAAGACGCCAUCCCAGCAUUAAGAGAUGUUCCCAUUAGUGAAGUAAACAGAAUGUUCUUCCUUGAAGCUAGAGAACUUAACACCCAAACCUGAGCUGCGUGUAAACAUCCUCAUGCCAGAUAUUUACAAGUUUGGGGGCGAAUAAUUCUAAACAUAAUUAUAUUGACUGCCCUUUUAAUACCCAAUGUUGGCAUGAAAGUUGAUUUCUUAGAUUGAGUUAAAUAAUGUUGUAAAUAUUUUCAGUUGACAGAAUAAAUAAAAUGCCACUUAUACUAUAA